GGUCGAGCAAUGAAGUGGCCGGAGAUCCUGCCAAAGCAAUAUGGGACCGUUAGAACAGUUAGCUAUAGAACAAAGGUAUGGAGCUUCGACUUCGCACCUUAAAAUUAGCGAUAUCUGAUGCUGCUAUCUUUCUCCUGCGUCGGCUUUCAUUGACAGGGAUACACUCAUAUACAUCGCAAUGUUUCUCUAAAACUUGUUUCAUCCAUUUCUAGGACGAAGCGAGUGAUGUGUUAAAUCUCAAAAGCAAUGGCAGAGCUCUCAAGCUUGGAAGGCCCUACAACAGAGGUGGACCUUGGACCUAAGAAGAUUGAGGAAGAGAAAGAAGGUGGUCCCGCGUUCCAUUGUGAUCUUUAUGAUACAGAAAUAGUUCACAAGGUGGCUGAGGCACUCCUUCCUGGGUUAGCCACGGCAUGUGUUGAUAACACAGCAGGAGGUCUCUUCAUCACUCCUGGUUCAGUUGCUGCAGAUUUGAGAAAGGAAAUGAUAGAGUACCUUACCAUGAGGAGCGAGUCCUUUGUUGCAGAGCUGGUUGUGUUAGAAGGAGGGCCAGAUAAUGAACUUCUGGAUAACCCUUUUGAGAUCAUUUCAGUUUUUGUGGAUGACUUUGCAAUUGAAAAGAGGAAUCUUUUCAGUCGCUUUUCUGGUUGGCUGCUAAGUGAAAGAAGGGAAGACAGAAUAGAUGAUAUCGUUCAGGAGAUGGAAAUGAAUGGGUUUUGGACACUAGAGCGAAGACAAGCAAUUGCUGGAGCUUUAGUUAAGAAUGUUGACUUCAAGAACUUGUUUCAUUGCGACAUGAAGUUCACCUCCUUGGAAGAACUUUCCAACCACGCUCAUAAUUGCGGCUUUAGGCCUAUCAUCUGUCAUAACCAAGGGUGUGAGGCUAGAUUCUGUGCAAGUCAUUUGGAAAAGCAUGAUUCAGAAUGUCCUUCCAAGAUAAUUCCUUGUGAACAGAAGUGCCCAGACCUCAUUAUGAGACGUGAGAUGGACAGACACUGCAUAACUAAAUGUCCCAUGAAGCUUGUGAACUGUCCUUUCUAUGCUGUGGGUUGUCGGACCCCUAUUGCACAAUGUUUGGUUGAUAAACAUCGUUCUGAUGAGCUUCAUUUUCAUGUCCUCUGCGUUCUGAAAGGCAUCUACAAAGAAGCAUCUGAAAAAGAUCUUAAAUCACGAGUGGAUCAACUUGUGCAGGAAUCAUCAAACAGCAGAUUAGCAGAAGCUCGAGAUGUGAGAUUUUUUACUGCUGUUGUCAAGGAUCUUGAUUCAAAGCUAGAGCCUCUGGUGAUCACUGUGAAGACAGAAAAUGACGCGGAGAAUUAUGCGGAGAAUGGAGAUAGUAGCAUAAAAGAAAAGGACAGUCAACAAAGCAUGCAGACAUCAAAUGAGGAAAGUCCAUUGGAUAAAACUGAAGUCACUGUGGAGGCAAAAGGUGAUGCCGUGAAGGAAGAUAGUAAUGUCAAGGAAAGUAAUAAUGCAGAAAAUGGAGACAGUAGCCUAAAAGAAAAUGACAGUCAACAAAGCAUACAGACAUCAAGUAAGGAAAAUUCGUCGGAUAAAACUGAAGGCAAUGUGGAGGCAAAAAAUGAUGCCGUGAAUGAAGAUAGUAAUAUCAAAGAAAAGGACACUGAAAAGAAUACACAGACGCCAAUUGAGGAAAACUCAUCAAAUGAAGUUGAAAUCACUGUUGAGAUGGAAAAUGCUGCAGAAAAUGACAAAAAGAACGAAGAUAGCUACACAAAGGAAAAGGACGAUGAGCAGAGUACACAGAUGUCGAGUAUGAAAAAUUCAUCCGAUAAAGUAGAAGUCCGUGCCUUCAUAAAUCAGGACAGUGUUGAGGAUAGGACCAAUAAGGAAGAUAAUGGCAACAAUAAGGGCAACGCAAAAAGCAUAGAGACUUCAAAGGGAGCAAAUUCGUUAAAGGAAGCAGAAGUCAACGACUUGAAUACUGCACAUGUCGACAAUAAGAGCAAGAAUGCUGCAGAUGGUAGUUUAAAACCCGAGGGCAAUGAAGAGAGCACAAAAGCCAAAUGAAAAGUGCAUAAACAAAAAGUUGAAGUCACUACUGCACAUGAAGAUGCUGUUGUGAGAAACAUCAAGGACGCAGAUGCUAAAGAUUAAAAGAAUCAAGACGAGGAUACGUUAGAAGAUAAGGGUAGUGGCAUAGGCCGAUAAUACUGAAAAGAACAAAUGUUGGAGACGAUACAUUAGAAGACAAGGGUAGUGAAGGAUGCAUUUAGGUAUCCACAGUGGAAAUUAAAAUUUAUCAGAUCCAGCUGAGGUCAGUGCAUUGAAAGAGGAUGAUGAUACGGAAAAGCAAAGGCCAGUGAAAAAAAAGAGAGAUAGUUCUGGUGCGCCAAACUCAUUAGAUAAAAAGCUGAAGGCAAAAUUUGAGAGCUUGUCUAAUGAACUCUUACUAAAUCUUUACUUGCUAAAGAGGUGUCUCACUUUGCAAGUAACCUAUAUACAUUCCGAUUACUCUAAUUUAGCACGCUUUACCAUCAUUCAUACAUACAUACAUACAUACAUA